AGUAAUCGCUGACUUGAGCGCUGUCCAUGACUGGCCGCAAUGAAGCAUAGAUACCCUUUUCAAAAUUCUCCUGAAUUUUGAAGUUAACGUGGUCAAACCUUCACUCGGGACGUCCACCAUCAUCUCGCUGGACCAGAAGAUCUUUUGUUGAAUCUUUGUGUCCGAUUAAAGUCGUCUCGGUGUACGUUGGUGUUUUUCUCGGCCGAUUUUAGCUUCGUUUAGCUUACUAGCUGCUAACAAAGAGGCGCUCGUGCUCAACACAACGCUCCGAGAGAGAUCGUAAGCGUAGAGUGUUGUUGUAAAUUUCGUGUGAAAAUGUGCGCAAGGACAGCAGAGUACGAGGAGGAACUUUGUGGAGAAAAAGAGGAACACAAGCGACAACGUCAACUACUGGACGCCAUGAGCAGGAUGCAUCCAAGAAUUGUUCUUUACGGAGCAGACAUCAGUGAAGAUGGUUGUCCUGAGCGGCUGGAUGCAGAGCCCUCUCACAUUAAAGAGGAAGAGGAGAGCAGAGAGGUCUCCCACUUUCAGGUGGAAGAGGAGGCCCAGGCCCUUUACAUUAAAAAAGAGGAGGAGCCAGAGCGCCCUUGCACGAAAGAUGGUGACAACACAUCAUCAAAUAUUGAUGGUGAUGAGGAUGAAGAGUCUGAUGGUGAUCUGACAUGUCACACUGACAACAAACUCUGGAAAUGUUCUCGGUGUGGGAAGAUGUUUACUGGUAUGAGGGCUUUGAAAAGACAUGUGAGAACCCACACCGGUGAGAAACCUUUUGCCUGUUCAGAUUGUGGCCAAAGAUUCUCUCGGAAGGGAAACUUAAAAAGACACAUGAGAAUACAUACAGGUGAGAAACUUUUUAUCUGUUCAGAUUGUGGCCACAGAUUCUCUGAGGAGGAAAGCUUAAAUGAUCACAAAAGAACCCACACUGGAGAGAAACCUUUUUCCUGCUUGGCUUGUGGUCAAAGAUUCUCUCAUAAGGGAAGCUUAAUUCGCCACACAAGAACCCACACUGGUGAGAAACCUUUUUCCUGCUCAGUGUGUGGCCAAAAAUUCUCUCGGAAAGGAACCUUAAAAACACACACCAGAACACACACUGGUGACAAACCUUUUUCCUGCUCAAUUUGUGGCCAAAGAUUCUCUGAGAGGGGACAUCUCAAAAGCCACACAAGAAUCCACACGGGUGAGAAACCCUUUGCCUGUUCAGUGUGUGGCCAAAGAUUCUCUCAGAAUGGACACUUAAUUCACCACACAAGAAGCCACACUGGUGAGAAACCUUUUUCCUGCUUAGCUUGUGGUCAAAGAUUCUCUCGGAAGGGACACUUAAAUAACCACACAAGAACACACACUGGUGAGAAACCCUUUUCCUGCUCAAUUUGUGGCCAAAGAUUCUCUGAGAAGGGACACUUAAAAAGGCACACAAAAACACAUACUGGUGAGAAACCCUUUGCCUGCUCAGUUUGUGGCCAAAGAUUUUCUGAGAAGGGACACUUAAAAAAUCACACAAGAACUCACACUGGUGAGAAACCUUUUGCCUGCUCACUUUGUGGCCAAAGAUUCUCUGAGAAGAGAACCUUAAAAACACACACUAGAAGACACACUGGUGAGAAACCUUUUGCCUGCUCGGAUUGUGGCAAAAGAUUCUGUCAGAAAGUACAAUUAGUUUCCCACACAAUAACCCACACUGCUGAAUAACCGUUUUCCUGCUCGGUUUGUGGCCAAAGAUUCUCAUUGAAGUAUCAGAUUAAGUAUCCCAAGUGUGAUGAGAUGAACAGUUAUCAAUGAAAUUUGAAAUUUCACUUCUGAUCUGAGUAGCCUUCAUCAGGCUGGUUGUAUUUUAUGUACCUUCAAACUGGGAUGCUGAAGUUUUAUUUUCCUUGACUGCAUUGGAAAGUUUUUUCUUUCUUGUCUGGAAUGAAUUAGGAAAUCUCGC